CCAGUAGGGGUCAAAGGUUCUGAUUAAACCCGGAAGUUGCGUAAUCGAAUGUGACAUUGGAACAAGAUGGCAGCGGUCGUCCGGACACUCGUGGGGUCGGCAACAAAACUACAAUGGCAGCCAGCCUCUGUCCUCUGCAGCAGGGCCGUCUCCACCACGAUACCUGCUCAAGAUCCGGCCGUUGCUGCUCCUGUCUCCAAGCCUAAGGGUAACCAGAAGGUGACAAUGAUCCCUGGAGAUGGUAUUGGACCUGAGCUCAUGCACUCAGUCAAGGAGGUGUUCAAACAUGCAUUAGUGCCUGUAGAUUUUGAGGAGAUCCAUGUGAGCGAGGUCCAAGACUGGGGCCAGGACCACCAGGACACUGUGGACAAGGUCAUCCAGUCAUUUGAAAGGACGGGGGUCGGACUCAAAGGCACCAUAAACACCCCUGCCUGGCUACAGGUCGGUGACCUGCAAUCUCUCAACAUGGACGUCAGACGUCGGCUGGACCUGUUUGCUAACGUGGUGCGUGUGAAGAGUAUGGCGGGGCUGAAGACUCGACACCACAACCUGGACUUUGUCAUCAUCAGGGAACAGACAGAGGGGGAGUACAGCUCACUGGAACAUGAGAGUGUUGAAGGGGUUGUGGAGAGCUUGAAGAUCAUCACCAGGGAGAAGUCUCGCCGCAUCGCCAAGUUUGCCUUCGACUACGCCACCAAACAUGGGAGGGAGAAGGUCACAGCUGUACACAAGGCUAACAUCAUGAAAAUGGGUGAUGGGAUGUUCCUGCGGUGUUGUGAGGAGGUGUCUGAGCUGUACCCACGCAUCAAAUUUGAGAACAUGAUCAUCGACAACUGCUGCAUGCAGUUGGUGUCCAAUCCGUACCAGUUUGAUGUGAUGGUGAUGCCUAACCUGUACGGGAACAUCGUGGAUAACCUGGCGGCAGGGCUGGUGGGCGGGGCAGGGAUCGUGCCUGGGGAAAGCUACAGCCACAGCUAUGCAGUGUUUGAGACUGGAGCACGUCACCCGUUUGCCCAGGCAGUGGGCAGGAACAUCGCCAACCCCACAGCCAUGCUGCUGUCUGCUGCCAACAUGCUCAAACACAUGCAUCUGGAGUACCAUGGACAGAUGAUCUCUGAUGCUGUAGAAAGGGUGAUCAAAGUUGGGAAGGUUCGGACGAGAGACAUGGGAGGAUAUGCAACAACAACAGAUCUCACCACUGCCAUCAUAGACAACCUACACAAGGGGAAAUACAGCAGCUUUGUCUAGUCUUUACUGUCUGACAUUCUUGUUACUGACACACUUGUAUCUGAAGUAGCACUGCCAACCAGUAAAAGGGGCUUAGCUGAUGAAAAAGGUGUAGAUAUUUCUUCUGCUUCAAAUGAGAUGCAAAAGUGCAAUUGUACCAGAAAAUAGCAGCAAAUUGCAAGUUUUUUUUCUAUCAGGAAACACUAUGAGACAAAACUGGACAGUUCAGAAUCUACAUUUUUAACAAAAGUUCACUUACACCGUUUUUGCUGGAUUUUCCCCUUUCCUGGUUGGUAUUCAAGCAUUUUUUAAGCAACAUGUGAAUUAGUAACUUUACAGACAUGGCUUUGUGCUAAACCUGUGAAGUAGAAGUGUAGGAAGGAUGAGUUGUUGAGAUGCUAGACUUGUUUCUUCCAGGUUCGCACCAAGGACAUGGGAGGAUACGCCACGACCACUGACCUGACCCACGAGGUGUGUAACAACCUCCGUGUGUGAGGACCCGGCCCUGGAGCUGACAGACAGCAGAUAGCAGUACAUAAACAAUACACAUGUAUAUGGUCUUUUGCAAUAGAUACAUUUAGAAGAAAACUAUACCACAUUACAUAGUAUUGUGUAUAAAUACUUAAUAUGUGUACAUAUAGUUUCACUGAGAUGUUUGACAGUGUUUUAUUUGGGUAAGGUGCAAAGUCUAUUGAUAGUCCCUUUUUACACAUUGUGAAGUUUUACCAUAAAGGCAUUAAAACUAUUUAUAUGUUUUAAACAAUCUGUACUGAUAUUUAUUCAUCAGUAAAGUUCACAUAUCAAUGGAACAGUAUGAUAAUGAAGAUGGCAUUUAAGAUGAUAUCACAGUUUCAAACAUAACUUAUGGUACAUGGAAUGUUUCAUCCAUUUGUAAUCUUAUGAAAAUUCAAGACGUCAAAGCUGCUCAUAUGGUGUAUACCCUGAUAUAUUAGGAAUAGGAAUACAUUUAUAUGUACCAAAGCAGUAUUUGUGUCAGAUUCACACCUCAGAAAUACAGCUGUCUUCUCA